CUCUGGCGAAGUCGAGCUCCUUGUCAGCUGGUUCCGAGUCGCCGAGCGCGCGCUCCGCAACACCGAGGCCACCCCGCUGAAUCAUUAUUUUUCUACGCUGUGUGUCGGGUGUGUUCCCGAGAGUCCUGCAAAAUAACGCGACGCAAAAGGAUGAUACAUUCCGGGCGCACGAGGCUCGAGAAAAAAGUAAGUCGAGUAGGUGUGGGCGGAGAAGGUCAAGUUGGUCACGGGGUUCAACCAGUUGAAGAGUCUGGGGCCACUAGUCAGUGGUGGAGGCAACAACAUCCCUCUCAUCACUAUCAUCAUCAUCAGCCCCAUCAUUAUCAUCACCACCAUCAUCAAGGCAGUUACUAUGCAUCACAAUCGCAUUCUCACAACAAUCCCGUCACAACCAUGAAGCAGUCUUACAUGCAGUUGACAUGGGUUUUUCAUGACGACGAAGCCCAAAUCAACAAAAAACUGCCAAAGGAAUUAUUACUAAGAAUAUUGUCAUACUUGGACGUUGUUUCCUUAUGUCGCUGUGCUCAAGUAAGCAAAGCAUGGAAUGUCUUAGCUCUCGAUGGAUCAAAUUGGCAAAGAAUCGAUCUCUUCGACUUCCAACGAGAUGUAGAGGGCCCAGUGAUCGAGAAUAUAUCGCGUCGAUGCGGCGGAUUCUUACGGCAGCUGUCGUUACGCGGCUGCCAGAGUAUCGGCAACCUGUCGAUGAGGACGCUGGCCCAGUCCUGCCCUAACAUCGAGGAACUAAAUCUGAGCCAAUGUAAGAAGAUCUCGGACGCGACGUGCGCGGCCCUCAGCAGCCACUGCCCGAAGCUCCAACGACUGAACCUCGACUCUUGCCCGGAGAUCACGGACCUCUCCCUCAAAGACCUCGCGGACGGCUGCCCCCUCCUCACCCACAUCAAUCUCUCGUGGUGCGAGCUGCUUACGGAUAAAGGAGUCGAGGCCCUGGUGCGCGGCUGCCCGGAGCUCAGGAGCUUUCUGAGCAAAGGCUGCCGGCAACUGACCGACCGAGCGGUCAAGUGUCUCGCGCGCUUCUGCCCCAAGCUCGAGGCCAUGAAUCUGCACGAGUGCAGGAAUAUAACGGACGAGGCGGUAAGAGAGCUGAGCGAGAGGUGUACCCGGUUGCAUUACGUUUGCAUAUCCAACUGUCCGAAUUUAACGGACGCGACACUCGUCACGCUCGCGCAACACUGUCCUCUUCUCAGUGUCUUGGAGUGCGUGGCCUGUGCCCACUUUACCGACGCUGGAUUCCAAGCACUUGCGAGGAAUUGCCGACUGUUGGAGAAAAUGGACUUGGAAGAAUGCGUCCUCAUAACCGACGCGACGCUCAUUCAUUUAGCCAUGGGCUGUCCACGACUAGAGAAACUUAGUCUGUCACAUUGCGAACUUAUAACCGACGAAGGUAUUAGGCAGUUGGCACUCUCGCCGUGCGCCGCCGAACACUUGGCCGUGCUGGAGCUCGACAACUGUCCGCUUAUCACUGACGCCAGUCUCGAUCACCUACUGCAAGCUUGCCACAAUCUCGAGCGCAUCGAGCUUUAUGACUGCCAAUUAAUCACAAGGGCUGGCAUACGUAGACUCAGAACGCACCUGCCAAACAUUAAAGUACACGCGUACUUUGCACCAGUGUCGCCUCCUCCGAGCGCAGGCGCCUCGCGACAACGAUACUGUCGCUGCUGCGUCAUUCUGUGAUUCCGUACCGUCGUGUACACCCGGUACCACGUCCUGAGCCUAUGCCGCUCGAGCCCCAGCAACCGCUGGUCAACGGCUUACGUAAUAGCCCCCGCGGCCUGAAGCGGAGACGCGCGCUGAUCCAUUUUUACGAGAUAACGGCGGCGCUCGGUACGAGCGCCUGCGCGC